CUCGUGAAGAAGCUGAACAUUUGGGCUUGAAAUAUAAUUUUGAAAAAUUUGGAUGGCAAAGUUUACUAGCAAUUGAAGAAAAAUUCAAAUGGAUUGAAGAUCGGUUGAUUGAACAACAGAGUUCAAAAUGGAUUUUCGUCGUCGGACAUCAACCUCUUAUUGGUAAAUGUGCAGAGAUAUUUCAAAUGGGAAGGUUGCGACCACUUUUUGAAAAAUAUCGUGUGGCAGCAUAUUUUUCAGGACAUGAACAUGUUUUAGAAUUGGAAACAUCAAAG